AUGCCGAUACCCUGCUCCACCGAGGCUUGUACUUCAGCAGCGACAAUUAAACGGUCGAAGGAUGGAUCUGCUGUGUGCGCAACUUGCUUCACAAGACGAUUUGAAGAAGACGUACAUGAAACUAUCAGUGCGACAAACUUAUUCAAGAGAGGCGAGAAAGUGGCAAUAGGCGCAUCGGGUGGCAAAGAUUCAACAGUAUUAGCUUAUGUGAUGAAGGUAUUAAAUGCUCGUCACGAUUACGGACUCGAAUUGAUCUUACUCUCCAUAGACGAAGGCAUAAAGGGAUAUCGUGACGAUUCUUUGAAGUCGGUCGAGAGAAACAAGAUUGAAUACGAGCUUCCGUUGACAAUACUGAGUUAUAAGGAUCUCUAUGGAUGGUCAAUGGAUGAAAUUGUUGCGCGCAUUGGUAAGAAGAACAAUUGUACAUUUUGCGGAGUAUUCCGAAGACAAGCACUUGACAGAGGUGCCUACAAACUAGGAGCAACGAAAUUAGUGACAGGCCACAAUGCAGACGACAUAGCCGAAACUGUUCUGAUGAACUUACUACGAGGUGAUGUUGCCAGAUUACAGAGGUGUACAAACAUUUGUACCGGAGACGACGGUGGUAGUUUGCCUCGAGCAAAGCCUUUGAAGUAUACUUUUGAGAAGGAUAUUGUGAUGUAUGCUCGAGUCAACAAACUCGAAUAUUUCUACACUGAAUGUAUAUAUGCUCCGAACUCAUAUCGCAACUUUGCCAGAGAUUACAUAAAGAAACUUGAACGAGUGAGACCGCGUGCCAUUUUGGAUAUCAUCUAUAGUGGGGAAAGCAUAGCUGUUCGCAAGGAAGUGGCCCUACCCGUUUUGGGUCGUUGUUCUAGAUGUGGUUACAUUUCAAGUCAAAAGCUAUGUAAGGCAUGUCUCCUGAUCGAGGGCUUAAACACCAACCAGCUUGAUCUGGGAAUAAAGCGAAAGGUCACCACUGAAACCAAAACCGGAUGUGGAAAGGAUAAAACUGGUUCCAGCUGCGGCUGCUCAAAUGAAGACAAGGUCCAAAGUAUUGAUUUU